GUCGUUUUUACGUUUCUGCCUGUUCUUUUUAACGGUGGUAACUUUAAUAAGUUAUCUAUGGUUAGAUAAAUAUAUUCCAUAAUAUAAUUUUAGGUCACUUUUAAAGUUUUAUUAUUUUUCAUAAAUGAUUGUUUUCUUUUCAUCACUGAAACAUGAAAACAGACUGAUGUGAAUCCUUCCAAGAUCUCAGAGAACCUUAAACUUAUGGAAAAGCCCAAGAUGGAGUUUAAAAUCCUCCUCAUUUAUUUCCCUUUUGUUAUUUUAUGCUUUAUUAUAUUUUUACUCUCUAUUUCCAAGCAGCGUCCAUCUUGGUGUAAACUUUACCUUCAGUGGAACCUCCCAGCAGGACCACAGCGCCCCCUGCUGUCCUCUGAACAGUAUUUACACCCCUAAAAGUAUUCACACCCUCCUACAGAAAUCAACACGGUCGUUUGGAGACGUUUCUGAACCCAGAAGGUUCUGCUGAGGCCCGGUUCUGCCUCCAGGUGUGUGAGGCUGCAGCAGGAACCGCUGGAUCCGGUUCUGCUGGUUCCUGGGCCAGUUCUCACUAAUUGGGUCCUGGACUUCAGUUGGAGGACAUAUGGGAGCCAUUUGUUCCACCUGAGGCAGCUGAAGCGAUGCUGGGCCCGCUGGCUGCCGGCGCCGUCUUCUUCCCGGGCCUCUUCCUGGUGUCCAAGGGAGCGCUGAGAGUGCUGCUGGGAUGGAGCGAGGGCGACGCGGUGCUGGUAUCCACACGCCUGGUGUCGUCUCUGCAGGCCGUCAUGGCCUCGUCAGCCGGGUGGAUCAUCUCCUCGUCCUGCAGGGACGUGAUGGAGGACAGACACUGGCUGACGGAGGCCUACGUCCUGUUCGCCACGCCGUACUUCGCCUACGACGUCUUCGCCAUGUUCCUGUGUCACUGGCACAAGCAGCAGGUCAAAGGUCACGAGGAGGCGGGGCCUAACGGCGGCGCGGUGCGAGCGGCGCUGUCGGGUUUCCUGCGCAGAGAGGUUCUGAUGGUGCUGCAUCACGUCUUCAUGGUGGCCUUCUGCUUCCCUGCCUCUCUGCUGUGGCGGCGGGGUAAGGGCGACUACUUCCAGGGGGUUCUGUUCCUGGCUGAGCUCAGCACGCCCUCCGUCUGUCUGGGAAAGGUCCUGAUCCAGUACCAGAAGCAGAACUCGGUGCUGCACAAAGUCAACGGCGUCUUCAUGCUGCUCAGCUUCUUCAGCUGCAGAGUGCUGCUCUUCCCUUACCUGUACUACGCCUACAGCAGGUACGCCUCCAUUCCUCUCCUCCGGGUCCCCCUGGUGGCCCCCUGGCAGUGUAACCUGGGGGCCGCCCUGCUGUGGCCCCUGCAGCUCUACUGGUUUACGCUGAUCUGCAGAGGAGCGCUGCGGCAGUCGGGUCGGCGCCAGAAGCCUCCAGGAAGCUGACGGCCGGACGCUGAUGGAGGAGCAGGAAGGUCCGGACUGUCGGGACCGACCGGGCUGCUGGGUCAGAGAUGGAAAGGUCCAGACAGGAGAAGGUGACCUGGUCAGAGAGGUUCCACCUUCAGAACCCGGACUUCAGGGACCGGUGGUCCAGGAAGAACCUGGAGAGAACUCUGAGCUGAUCCAAACUUCACCUGAGAUGGUUCUGCUGAUCCGACCCGUUGAAGGAGCUCCUUAGAGGAUCUGCGUGCACCUCUGCUCGUUUCUGUCCAGAGGACCAGAACAAUGGUCCAUCUGAGGCGUUCAGACCCAAUCUGGUUCUGGUUCUGUGCCGCUUAAACCCAGAACAGCUCAGACUCAGCAGAACUGGGCUUAGAUGAACCAGAACAGGUUCUGGUUCAGUGGAUUUGGGUCGGUUUCAGGACUUUCUGGUCUGUUGUCCAUCAAAAUGCUUCACAGCGUUCCUCUUCAUCCAGGCGGUGCAGCGAAGGUCUUAGAGGUCCUGAUCUUCUCAGACCUGCACCUCCACCAGGAAACCACCGUCGCCCCCUGCAGGCCGGGGCCAAAAUGACCGUAACGUUUUAAAUAAAGGGACUCUGCCUCC